AUGCAACAAAAGGAUCAGACAAUUGCUCAGCCAACAUCUCCACUGAAACAAUUAGACAGCUCAGAACCUUCUUCCAAAUCCACUGAAGCACUUACAUCAAUUUAUGGAAAAGAACCAAAGCUCACAGCACUUCGGCCACAGUCAGAACAAAUGGAGCUUCCCAAGAAGGAGACCAUAUGUGACACUGAAGCAAAAGUUAGGUCACAUGAAAAAAUAAUGCAACCUUUAAAACUAUCAGAGGUGAAAUCCACUAGAGGCAUUACCGAAGAACCAUCCCAGAUAUCAGACUCUUCAGGAAUCAAUGGCAAACCUAAGAUGGUGACACAGUCAGAGACAAAAAUCCAGGAAACUAGAGAAGUGAAGGAAGUUGUGCAAGAGAUGAGGGAUAAAAACUAUGGUACAGGAGAAAAUAUUGGUGGUUUCCUGACAUCCAAAAAGCAGACAGGCAUUGUUUUUCAAUCAAAGCAAGCCAGUUCUGAUAAUAAUCAGAUUCGGGUGAACCCUGUCUCUAACAGAAAACAUACAAGAACAGUUUUAUCUCAGCCAAAGAACAAAACAGUUGCCAGUAGUUCCAGUAAGGAAACUGCGGUUUCCACUGAACAAGACAUACCCCUUAACAAAAUGGUAAAAGAUAACAUCUCGAAGUUUAUUCAUAGAAUGGCAAUUGGAGAUGGCAAGAAAAAUUUGGAAGAGGGACCGGGGAGUGUGAUCACACUUGCAGGUGAUAAUAGAGGAGCAUCUAUGCAACUUGGUUCUGACUCAUCCAGAAAAGAAGGGGCAAUCCACAUUCGCAGAGGCUAUCCAGAUGAAAGUGCCGAUGCAACUACAGAUGCAGAGGGAAAUUCAGAGGGAAGACGACCAAAAGAUGUAAGGACCAUGGAAGGUCAAGAAAUAGAGGCAUAUCUAAACUGCAACGUGCAGGGCAUGAACAACUCAAUUACAUUUGACAGUGCCAUUGAGGCAAAAAAUUCAGGUAUACAUAUGUUGUUCCCUCGUAUGCCUUCAGAACCUAUAAGAUCAAGUGAGAGAACAGGACCCUUUGAGGCACACAAGGCUAAAUUUAAUGUAACCCCUGCCCAGAAACUUACAUACGAGCCAAAGAUCAGAAGAAGAUGCCUCAAAGGCCUUUUCCUUGAACCAAGUGAUUCUGAUCCAGAUAACCCUGGUUGCCAUGUUGGCUGCAUGGAGAAGAGUAAUGAUGACGAGAUAGAGAUUUUUUGA